AUUGCUUCUUUUUCACGAGUUGAUGGGAUUUCCUUUUUUCCUCGCGUGAGGUUUUUUAUUUUUUUUUAUUUUCCUGAUUUGGGUCCAACGACGAGGAACGACGACGACGACGACGACUUUUGCACGUCGAUGUCGUGGAUGCCGACUUCAUCCGUGUCGUAUUGCCACAUCAAAAAUAGUUAUGAGCGUACAAUGUACUUGGCUAUGGGCGGUUCUGCUGGUGUAUCUUGCGGGGGCGGUUGAAGCGUCCUCGUCUUCGGCCACAAUCGAUUAUGGUCGCAUUGGUCACGAUCGUACAGCGUCAGGGCAGUUAAUGGUGCUGCCAGAUGUUGAAUUUCGGAAUGCGAGUUCUUGGAUCAUAGGUGUCGCAUUAGUGGCCGUCGUCGGUAUUGGAUUGGGGUUGGUGUUGGGUCAUAUCGGCAAGAUGCGAAUGCACCGUUCUUGGAUAUCGAGUCCUUCACCAAGUCUCUUGGAUGUAGCAUGGAAUGGGCGUUGCCUGCCGCCCAUACCAUCCGCGCAGACUCCCUCAUAUGAUACAACUUUUACCCAAGGGCUCGACAAGGAGGAGCAACAGGAAAGCGCCAGAACAAGAUCCUUGAAUCAUCCUGUAGACAUAGCAUCCUCAGAGGAUGACCCGCCUGGUCCUGGGUCUUCGCCACAUCCCUGCGACCAACACGAUGCUUUUACACCUCAUCAUCUGCCUUUGAACCUUGUAUCAUCCUCGACCCGUCCGGAGUCUCCCAGCUUGGAAUGCAUUCAAGAUCAAUCAUCACACACAACUGCCGCUGCUGCUGAACCUGCUGGCCUACAACAACCAGCACCUUCCUUGUCUACACCGGCAUCGGCUAUACUGGAUUCACCCGCUGCAAGCACGAAAUCGAAUUCUCGGAAGAAAAACAGACACUCUCGGAACAACUCGUUUGCAACUUCCCUCGAUGGCUCAACAACAACUUCUACCGCUGCAAGCGCGACGAAACCAAAGCCAAACCCAUCACCACGUUCAUCUUCGACUGGAAUUCCACGGUCUGGCGGCGGCAACGAUAAACGCCGUGCUGCGAAAGCAGGUCAAAACACGCACGAUUAUUCGGCAAACCAGCCUCCUACAGCGAUCAACAAUAAAAAUCGUCACGGCCGAGACUUGCACAAAUCUGCGUCGACUACGCAAUUACAGCUACCAUCAUCCCGAAACGAGAAAAGACCGGUGAACGAGUACAGAGAGUUGAAACAAGUGACAAGGGCCAAAGCGUCUCAUGCUAGGUCCUUCUCUGGCUCACAUUUGGAAUCCACCGCCGCUACCGCACGUAAGCAUUAUGAUCAACAACCAGAGACUUCCCAGCAACAUACCUUUGCUGCAUCGCCCAUCCGGGGAGCGGCCUGGUCGUCUUCGUUUUCUACCGCUACAAGUCCUUCCAACCGUUUGCAUACUGCCUCGAUUAAGGCUGUAUCACCUCCUCCGGGUUUGUCUGAACCAGACGUCUCGGCUGCUCGAUAUCAUCAUGGAUGGACACGUUCGGCUCCGUCACCCCCACCUUCCUAUGAAGCUGUCAUGGAGGAAGCCCGUCGAGAAACCUCUGUCAAGCGGACCGGUUUCGGCCAACAGCAAUGGUACUCGCCUUUUGUCUCUGGAUUGAGUCUUGAUCUGGAUUUGAACAAUCGUGCCCGCGGACAUGGGCACGAGUCGAGAGUUAUCAAACCGGAUGCGCAUUCGUCGGAGGAGCAAGUGACUGUUCCUUCUUCGACACCAGUCGGAUAUGCUCCACCUCUACAUGCACCAGGUUUUCAUACAGGGUCAAAGGGAGGUCAAGACAAGGGCGUGGUUUCCAGGCUUAGACGACAACAAACCCGACAGGACGGGGCACAGCAAGGACAACAGUUUAGUUUAUUCGACAGACGUCUCUCUUUUACGGUUGGUCGUAGUGACAGUUAAUGAUAUCUACUUAAAAGCAUUUUAUAGCUGGAUGGAGGCUUGCGCAUGGUGGGCCUGUAGACCAGGGUAGACGUGAUAGUAUUUUGUAUAGGCGGUUUCUUUUUCUUCCAAAGUAUUCCAAGGUGUUUCCUUGUGAGUGCUUUUGUUGUGUAUAGUAGACAUACCCGGUUCAUUUAAAAGAUAUUAUUCUCGCAACUGUAC